UAUGAAAUCACGGGUAACGACGACCAUCCAAACGUUAGUUAAACCUCGCCCUCUCAUCUCUGCAAAACUCAACCUCUAGUCUAGGGUUUAAGCUCACGGCCAUCACCAUGGCACUCUAUGCCUUACUCCUCCGCUGUCUCCGCCGUUCUUCCUCCAUCACCCAAACCAUAACAACAUCCCCCCUCCUCCACUCUCAAAACCCUAACUUCCAUCUCCCUCUCCGCUCAUUCGCUUUCUCCUCCGCCGAAGAAGCCGCCGCCGAACGCCGCCGCCGCAAACGCCGCCUCCGUAUCGAACCACCAAUCAACGCUCUCCGUCGUGACCCCCUCCCUAGAGGCCCCCCUUCCCCCGACGACCCCCGAUCCCGUCUCCCCGAUACCACGUCAGCAUUAGUGGGCCCACGUCUCAACCUUCACAACCGUGUUCAAUCACUAAUCCGUGCUGGCGACUUAAAUUCUGCAGCCGCUGUUGCUCGUCACGCCGUUUUUUCAAACACGAGACCCACUGUGUUUACGUGUAAUGCUAUCAUUGGUGCUAUGUAUCGUGCCGGACGGUAUAAUGAUGCUAAGGCGUUGUUUCAGUAUUUUUUUAAUCAGUAUAAUAUUAUACCGAAUGUGGUUUCGUAUAAUCAUUUGAUUGUGUCACAUUGUGAAGCUGGUGAGGUUGAUGAGGGGUUGAAAGUUUACAGUCAUAUUAUUGAAAAUGCGCCUUUUAGUCCGUCUGCUGUUACGUAUAGGCAUUUAACGAAGGGGUUGAUUGAUUCCGAGAGGAUUGGUGAAGCUGUGGAUUUGCUUAGGGAAAUGCUUAAUAAAGGACAUGGUGCGGAUUCGUUGGUUUAUAAUAAUUUGAUAUUAGGGUUCUUGAAUUUGGGUAAUUUAGAGAAAGCGAAUGAGUUGUUUGAUGAGUUGAAAGAGAGGUGUACUGUUUAUGAUGGGGUGGUGAAUGCUACUUUUAUGGACUGGUUUUUUAAGCAGGGGAGGGUGAAAGAGGCUAUGGAAUCGUACCGAUCGCUUCUUGAUAAGAAGUAUAGGAUGGUUCCUGCGACUUGUAAUGUGCUGUUGGAGGUGUUGUUGAGGCAUGGCAGGGAAACUGAGGCGUGGACGUUGUUUGAAGCGAUGUUGGAUGAUCACACGCCACCGACGUUCCAGGCUGUCAAUUCCGACACUUUUAAUUUAAUGGUGAAUGAGUGUUUUAGGUUAGGGAAGGUUUCGGAGGCAUUGGAGACUUUCAAGAAGGUGGGGAAGGGACUAAAGACCCGACCUUUUGCGAUGGACGUUGCAGGUUACAAUAAUAUGAUUACAAAGCUUUCAGAGCUUGAAAUGAUGGAGGAAGCAGAAAAAAUUUAUAUGGAGUUGUGUAACAAGUCAUUGAGCCCGGAUGUGACAACUUAUAGGACAAUGAUUGAGGCAUAUGUGAAGAUGGAGAAUUUUGAAGGUGCGUUGGAGAAGUACACGAAGAUGGUGGAGGCAGGGUUGAGAGUCAUUCCAAUCUAUGCUGAAAAGUGGUUUAAUUUCUUGAUUGAGAAAGGCAAGGUUGCGGAGUGUGUGCCUAUUCUCACCAAGAUGGGUGAGAGAGAACCAAAACCUGAUGUCACAACUUAUGAUAUUGUGAUUAGGGCACUCUGCGGGGAAGGUAAUUAUGAUGCAGUUUCCGAUUUAGUAAUUCAAAUGAUAAACUAUGGUGUUGGUCUCACCAGUUCCCUAAGGGAGUUCCUGUUAGAAGUUUUUGGUAACCAAGGUCGUCGUGAGGAGAUUGAAAGAGUUUUUGCUACAAAACCUACGUACUCUAGACCAGCAGGACCACCUCGAGGACAAGUUCCAUGGCUUUCACAAUUGCCUAGACAAUCAGCAGGAACUUCUCAUGCUCCGGGGCAACAGACAUCGCCAGCUUCUUUAUCAUCACAAAUGCAAGGACAGCAGUCAGGACCUAAUCCAAGGUGGCAACAAGCUUCACCAUCCUCUUUUGGUACUGGACAAGGAUCAUCGCAAAUGCAAGGCCAGCAGUCAGCACCUAAUCCAAGUUGGCAACAUGCUUCGCCAUCCUCUUUUGGUACUGGACAAGGAUCAUCACAAAUGCAAGGCCAGCAUUCAGCACCUAAUCUAAGUUGGCAACAAGCUUCACCAUCCUCUUUUGGUACUGGACAAGGAUCAUCACAAAUGCAAGGCCAGCAGUCAGCACCUAAUCCAAGUUGGCGACAAGCUUCACCAUCCUCUUUUGGUACUGGACAAGGAUCAUCGCAAAUGCAAGGCCAGCAGUCAGCACCUAAUGCAAGUUGGCAACAUGCUUCACCAUCCUCUUUUGGUACGGUACAAGGAUCAUCGCAAAUGCAAGGCCAGCAGUUAGCACCUAAUCCAAGUUGGCAACAAGCUUCACCAUCCUCUUUUGGUACUGGACAAGGAUCAUCGCAAAUGCAAGGCCAGCAGUCAGCACCUAAUCCAAGUUGGCAACAAGCUUCACCAUCCUCUUUUGGUACUGGACAAGGAUCACACCAAAUGCAAGGCCAGCAGUCAGGACCUAAUCCAAGGUGGCAACAAGCUUCGCCACACUCUUUUAAUGCUGGACAAGGAUCACAGCAAAUGCAAGGUCAGCCAUCAACGUUUGCGCGAAAUCCACAUCAGGCAUUGUCACCUUCUUUUAUUCAACAAGGAUCACAGCAGAUGCAAGGUCAACCAUCAGCUUUUGCAAGAAACGUGCAGCAGGCAUCACCACCUUCUUUCGUGCCACAACAAGAAGCUUCCCAGCAGUCCUUCAUGGCUGGACAGGGAUCACAGCAAAUGCAAGGUCAUCCACCAACUUCAUUCGUGCCAGGAGGAGUUUCUCAUGUGCAAGGUCAGCAAUCAGGUUUCACACACGUUCCACAAUGGUCAUCACCACCCACUUAUAUGGCAGGACAAGGAGGAAAUCAUCAAAUGGAAGGUCAGUCAUCAGGUUUCGCCCAAACUCCACAUAAGGCAUCACAUUAUUCCAUGGAUGGACAAAGAGCCCAUUCAAUACAAGGCCCAGAAGAGGCCUCAUCCCAAGGGGACAAUGUUGAGCAAUACCCCCAAGUGGCACGCCAAGGGAGAAUGUAAAUUGGGAAGCAUAGUUUCUCUGUGGGACCUGCUUUUGAUACAGUUAUCUGAAUAGAACUGCAGGAACAGGAAACAUCUUGGUGUCACAUGGUGGCUAUGGUCAUGGAUUAAUUUGCACCAAUAGAAAUCAUUGACAAAUUUUGUAGAGACAAUUGAUGGUUUUAGGGUGAUUUGAGUUGCUCCUAAGUGAAUAGUUGUGCUUGUGAAACAAAUUAAAUUGUAAUAUUGGUGAGAGAAUAUUUUUGUUUACUCUACAUUUUGUAUGCUGGAAUUUUCCCCUUUCAUAUUAAUAAAAUUUAUUCUCCUCAUCGAAAAA